AUGGCCGACACAUUGGAACACAAAACCUUUACUCUUAACACCGGUGCGGAACUCCCCGCAAUUGGAUUUGGCACUUGGAAGGCUGGGCCUGGAGAAGCCGCUGCCGCCGUUAAAUCCGCAUUUGAGGUGGGGUAUAGACAUUUUGAUUGUGCUCCCCUUUAUGGAAAUGAAGCCGAGAUUGGACAAGUAUUUGAAACCACUCAGGUUCCACGAAAUGAAUACUUUGUGACCACCAAGCUUUGGUCAUCCGAUCAUCGUCGAAUUGUCCCUGCCCUUCAAAAGUCACUCGACGAUUUGCGACUCGAUUACGUGGAUCUGUAUCUCAUGCAUUGGCCUGUUACUCUGCCCGCUUCAUCCCAAGAGACAUACGGGAAAGAAGAUCGUACCGCUCACGACCCCGAAUGGGAUUUUGUGGACACUUGGCGUGAGAUGGAAAAGCUCCUUAAAACAGGAAAAGUACGCGCGAUCGGUGUUGCAAACUUUUCAACUGUCAACCUGGAAAGGCUGCUAAAGAGCUGCACUGUCGUGCCCGCGGUCAACCAAACCGAAAUUCAACCUUUGCUCCCUCAACAGAAGCUCAAUUCCCUUUGCGUAAAGUCCGGCAUCCACCAGACAGCAUUUGGACCCCUGGGAGGAAGUGGAAGCACUCUACACGAGGACCCUAUCAUUAAUGCCAUAGCGCAAAAGAGGGGAUGUAGCUCGGGCAACGUGUUGCUGAGUUGGGGAGUAAAGAAGGGUUGGAGUGUUAUUCCAAAGAGUGUCAAUCCUUCAAGAAUUGCCCAAAACCUUCAGCAAUGUUUCGUUAUGGAUGACAACGAAACAGCUAAGGUUGACGAGCUUGUUACUUCUCUAGGAGGUAAAAGAUUCAAUCGGCCAAAUUGGGGAACAACCAUUUUUCAUGACGAUGCUGAGGCAAAUAUGUUGUUCUCAAAGCAAUUGAUUAUCACAAAUAGCGCUGUAUUUCUUGGUGGUGAUAAGGUUGUGUGGAAUUUCAUCCAGAAUUGCUUCCAAAUGUCGCACAAUAUCCUUGUCACCGGCGCAUCCGGAUACCUCGGAGGAACACUCCUCGCGCAGUGGGCCAGCACCAAGCUCCCUGCAUACCAGAAGCUCCUCGUUCUCGUACGCACAGACGAACAAAGUGAAGCAGUCAAGCAAUAUGGCGCAGAACCGAUAAGAUUCAAUAUCAAAGAUGAAGCCAGCGUCACUACGGCUAUCAUCGAAAACAAAAUCACCAUCAUCUACUUUUUGAUUGAUGCUACAGCCUAUGAAACCCAGGUACAGAUGAUCAAAGCCCUGUCAGAAGUGAAGAAACAAACUGGACAGGAUGUACAUUUUCUCCAUACAUCUGGCGCAAAGCUAUUCAGCAGCCAUGCAGGUUUUCCGACAAAUGCUCCGAUCGCCGACAAUGAUCCAGCGCUCUAUCACCUUCAGAAAACUUCAUGUGCUCGGUAUCCAUUUGUUGCAAAGGCAUUGACUGCCAAUAAUACAAUCAUCGAAACUGCAUUAGAGUAUGGUGUGAAAAGUUACAUAUUCAUUCCAUGUGUUGUUUACGGAAAAGGUGAGGGGUUUGGAAACAAAACAUCCAUUCAAACGGUCGCUAUUGUGAAUACGGCCAAAAAGCUUCGAAGGGUUUGCCGACCGGACCCUGAUGAUUAUACCUGGCCGGUGAGCCAUGUCAGCGAUAACGCACGGUUAUAUCUGGAAAUCAUUCGGAACAUAUUGUCAGGUAAGGAAAUUGGCCAUGGCAAAAAAGGAUACUAUCUUGCCUCUAGUGGUAGCGUGUCUUGGAACAGCAUUUACACCGCGAUGGCUAAGCGCCUUGCUGCACAAAAUAUUAUCGAGAAUGACAAGGUUGAGCUAGCUGAUAGCCAAGCCUUGGAAGGUAUGGGGGCGGCACUUGGGUGCCCAAAGGAGAUGGUUCCAUUGUUUCUGAGUGGAAAAUGCACACUACAAGCCAAGCACGGUCAUGAGAUUGGAUGGAGGCCUGAAUAUCCAGCGGAGCAUAUUCUAGAAAUGGCGGAUGCAGAGGUUGAUUUGAUUCUCCAAAAAUCAUGA